UCAUAAAACUGGGGCCCCCCUUAUCGCAUUGACGACAUUGAGUGGUCCAAGUCUCCCAAAGACACUUUCACCUUGGCUGAUGGAUCAGUGACAACAUUUGUUGAAUACUACAGGAUAAACUAUGGUAUUACAAUAAAGGAACUGGACCAACCACUUCUCAUCCAUCGUCCAAAGGAGAUAUCCGAACCCAAAGGAAAGGUUAUAACAGGUGAGAUUUUGCUGCUUCCGGAGCUCUCCUUCAUGACCGGCAUUCCCGAGAAGAUGAGGAAGGACUUUAGAGCAAUGAAGGAUCUGACCAUGCACAUCAACGUGGGAGCCGAGCAGCACACCCAGAGUUUGAAACAACUGCUGCAGAACAUCAACACCAACGAUGAGGCUCUUCGUGAGCUGGGGCGAUGGGGUCUCAGCAUCAGUCCAGAGAUCCUGGUGACUCAAGGAAGAACUUUGCCCCACGAGGCCAUCUGUCUGCAUUCGGCCUCCUUCGUCACAUCACAAUCAGUGGACUGGUCCAGAGAGGUGGUUCGAGACCCUUCCAUCAGCACCGUCCCUCUGAGUUGCUGGGCUAUUUUCUUUCCUCGACGUGCAGCAGAUUAGGCAGAGGAGUUGGUGAGCACCUUCUCACGUGUGGCCGGACCCAUGGGCAUCAGAAUCGAGCGACCCGUCCGUGUUGAACUACGGGAUGACCGGACCGAAACCUUCGUCAAGAGCAUUCACUCUCAACUCACCAGUGAACCUCGGAUGCAGCUGGUUGUUUGCAUUAUGACGGGAAACAGAGACGACCUGUACAGCGCCAUCAAAAAGCUCUGCUGUAUUCAGAGUCCAGUACCAUCACAGGCCAUCAACGUGCGGACCAUCUCCCAGCCUCAGAAGCUCCGCAGCAUUGCUCAAAAGAUCCUUCUGCAGAUAAACUGCAAACUGGGAGGAGAGCUGUGGACAGUCAGUGUUCCUCUGAAAUCUCUGAUGGUGAUCGGAGUUGAUGUUCACCGUGAUGCCAGCAAAAAAAGCAGAUCUGUCAUGGGCUUUGUGGCGAGUCUCAACAGCAUGCUGACCAAAUGGUACUCCAGAGUUACUUUUCAAAUGCCUCAUGAAGAGAUAAUUAGUGGCUUCAAAGUCUGUCUGCUUGCUGCCCUUCAAAAGUACUACGAGGUGAACCACACCUUCCCAGAGAAGAUUGUCAUCUAUCGGGACGGCGUGUCAGACGGACAGCUGAAGACCGUGGAGCUUUACGAGAUCCCACAGGUUCUGAAAUGCUUUGAGACAAUACCAAACUACGAGCCAAAGUUGGCUUUCAUCGUGGUCCAGAAACGUAUCAGCACAACCUUGUACUCCUACGGUUCUGACCACUUCGGGACACCUUCUCCAGGAACCGUCCUGGAUCACACGGUCACCAACAGAGACUGGGUUGAUUUUUACCUUAUGGCUCAUUCAAUUCGCCAGGGUUGUGGCCUGCCCACUCAUUAUAUCACGGUGCACAACACAGCCAACCUAACCCCUGACCACCUACAGAGGUUAACUUUCAAGAUGUGCCACCUUUAUUGGAACUCGCCAGGAACAAUUCGCGUUCCUGCGGCAUGCAAAUACGCACAUAAAGUAGCCUUUCUGUCAGGCCAGUACCUGCAUUCGGAACCAGCAAUCCAGCUAUCAGAAAAGCUGUUCUUUCUGUGAGCGAGAGACCGCACCGAUUGUUACCAUGACCACGGAGGAGUGGUGUUUGAUUUCCCAUUGUUUUAUUGUUCUUAAAACUGUAACUUAAAACUGUGUUAGAGU